UUCUGUUUUACAGCUAUGUUUAAAAAACAUUCUGAGCUUCUUGAUGAAAAAGCAAUUACAAAAGAACUGAAUUACGCUGAGUUGGGGUGUACAAAACAGCAUCCACUCUUGAAAGACAAAGUCUGGAGCUGUUGCCCAAAGGAUUGGAAGCCAUUUAGUUCCCACUGCUACUUCACUGUGAGUGACUUAGCAUCUUGGAGAGAGAGUGAGGAGAAGUGCUCCAGCAUGGGUGCUCAUCUGAUGGUGAUCCACAGCCAGGAAGAGCAGGAUUUCAUCACCAAGAUCCUGGAUCCUAAUGCUGCUUAUUAUAUUGGCCUUUCGGAUCCAGGUCACCGACAGUGGCGAUGGGUUGAUCAGACACCAUACAAUGAAAGUGCCACGUUCUGGCACCCAGGUGAGCCCAACAAUAACAGAGAAAAAUGUGUUAAAAUAAAUCAUCGAGAUUCUGGUUGGGGCUGGAAUGACGUCCCUUGCAGUGCUGAACAGAAGUCAGUUUGCCAGAUGAAGAAAAUAUGCUUAUGAAUCAAGCAUUCUCCAUAGACAUGGGCUUGCAUUUUUAUCCAGCAUUACAUAGACACCUGGAAAGCUCUUCUUGUGGAAGAGAUGUCCAUAGAAAUUUAGGUAGGCAGCCAACAGUUAUCCAUAUGAUAAUACUGGUCCUCAUAUAUACUUAUUUAUUCAUCCUUUACUCUUUAUAUAAUGAGAAUUCCCCAUAUACCAGAGACUCUACGGGAUCCUUUGUGCAUAUGUGGAAGCACUCCAGCCUCUAUGUCCAUUCUUAGAUUCCUAAAGUCUCAUUUGAUGAUAGAAUUUUAUGGUGUGGACCAUCUACCAAUUUCUCUAUGUUCUUCUGUCUUUGAAUUUAUUGAUGUAUAAUUGACAAAUAAAUCAUGUAUAUUUACAUUA